CCUCGUUAACCUGCCCAUGUGUUCCCUGAUUGUUCUGUGUAUUUAUACCUCCCUCUUUGUUCCUGUCGUUGUCGGAUCAUUGUCGUUUUGUGCAUGUUCGUUUGUCCUGUCGCUCCCAGUCUAUAAUUAAACCAUUUUUAUUUUUUCAUCCAUUGCCUGCUCUUCUGCCUCCUGAAACCCACCACCACACAUGGUCUGCCAUCUCCACCCGCAGAACAUAACAGACGGAGAACCAAGCCAGAAGAAUAAAGUCAGAACUUUGUAGAUCAGGACCAGGAUCAGUCAGGAUUUGGGCAAGAAGUUGAUAGACAGCCUGGUGUUUAAAUGAGAGAUAAAGCUAACUUCAGCAUCUGUUUCGAACCUCUGGCCACAUCUUGACUUUUCUGCUGAAGAGCCUGUACAGAUGGAAACUGGCACCACGCCACCUGGAGGGUUCUUUUCCUGUUUCUUUAUCGUUCAGUCCUGGCAGGUGGGUUUUUUGGUAAACACCAAAUCCUCAACACCUGUUGCCAGAAGUUUUUUUUCCAGGCUGCCUCACACCAGCUUUGCUUCAACUUAAACAGCAUCUCCAACAACAGCACGAGUCCCAAAGCGGUGCUUUGUUUCCUCAGAAAAUCAGACGACAUAGCAGGAAUUCCAGAAAAAUCUUAGCAGUUCACCUUAGAAGGAAUGUUUCACACUUCUGUUGUCCCGCGUCUGAGGAAGAAGCAGAAACCAGAGGAAGUUUCCAGGCAGGAGAAGAUAAAGUUCCAGGAUGUCAGAAUAUUCCUGGUGGAGACGAAAAUGGGCAGCAGCAGGAGGAGCUUUCUGACCCACCUGGCCAGGUCGAAAGGGUUUAUUGUGGAAGACGUUCUGAGUGAUACAGUCACUCAUGUUGUAUCAGAGGGUAGCAAGCCUGGCUCCCUCUGGACGUGGCUCAAGGACUGUGCUCUGAGAAAUCUGUCUGUGAUGCAUGUGGUGGACAUCAGCUGGUUCACUGACAGCAUGAGAGAGGGCAGACCUGUACCCGUGGAGACCAAACACUGUAUUCAGGACUCCAUGCCUGACAUUCCUGCACCAGAUCCCGUGACUACGCCUCGGUACGCCUGCCAAAGACGGACGACCACAGAAAACCACAACAAGAUUUUCACAGAUGCGUUUGAAGUGCUGGCAGAACAUUAUGAAUUCAGUGGAAUGGAGGGGCCAUGCCUAGCUUUCAGGAGGGCUGCUUCUGUCCUGAAGAGUCUCCCCAGGGUGGUGCAGCAUCUGAGGGCAACACAGGACCUACCAUGCCUGGGUGAACACACUAAAGCUGUCAUGGAGGAGAUCCUUGGAUGUGGUCAUUCGUUUGAAGUCGAUAACAUACUUUCUGAUGAAAGAUAUCAAACACUCAAGCUGUUCACAAGUGUGUUUGGGGUUGGACCUAAAACAGCUGAGAAGUGGUACCGCAGAGGGCUGCGCUCCUUCAGCGGCGUUCUGGCAGAGCCCAGCAUCCAUCUGAACCGGAUGCAACAAAGCGGUUUUCUGCAUUAUGGAGACAUCUCCAGAGCUGUCAGUAAAGCCGAGGCCCAGGCCUUGGGGAGCAUUAUUGACGAAGCUGUCCAUGCCAUCACACCCGACGCCGUGCUAGUGCUGACAGGUGGCUUUCGCAGGGGGAAGGAAUUUGGUCAUGAUGUUGACUUUAUUGUAACCACGCCACAGCUGGGAUGGGAGGAGAACCUUCUCACCAACGUCAUCAGUCGUCUGAAAAAACAAGGCAUUCUUCUCUUCUCUGAGUAUCAGGCUUCGACCCUUGACAUCUCAAAGCUUCCAAGCUACCGGUUCGAGGCCAUGGACCACUUUGCAAAGUGUUUCCUGAUCCUGCGUUUGGAAGGAAGCCAGGUGGAGGGAGGUCUUCAAGGUGCUGAGGGGGACAACAGGAGCUGGAGAGCUGUCCGUGUGGACCUGGUGUCUCCGCCUUUGGACCAUUAUGCCUACGCUCUUCUAGGCUGGACAGGCUCCAGGUUUGGGCGAGAUCUGAGAAGAUUUGCUCGACUUGAACGACGGAUGCUGCUGGACAAUCACGCUUUAUACGACAACACCAAGGUACAGAAAACCAAUCAAAACCACGUUCUCAAUCCAGAGGAAAGCACCAAAAACAGGCCUGCACCAAAUGCAUUUAUAGGGCUACUGGUCAGCCUUCAUUCCAAAAUCAUUUAAAUGGAACGUCGCUACACUUUACCAUGUAAAGAGACAGUUUUACAAGUUUUUAUCCAUCGGGUUAAAAACCACUCUAAAUAAAACCAAAGUCCUUCUUCAUACUCCCUCAUCACAUGACGAUGUUGUCUGGAGGCUCAGCCUUCAUCCGCUUACUGGUGCUACGCAACAGUUACGAAGGGUGGAACGCUACGUCUAAAGUCCUACUCUUCGCUCCUCAUGUCCGGUGAGGGAAUAAAGUCUCUUUUGUGUAAAUGGGUACGGCUUUAAUAAUAUUUAAAAUGAAACUUUAACAGAACAGUGAUUAUAAAUAGGCAUAAAUAAAUACAAAGCAGUUGAAGUAUGUUUAGAAAACUGUAACCUCAGUUCUUCACCAGCUGAAAAUGAAACAGGCUUAAAAAUCGUUUCUGUCUUUAGGAAAUGAACGUCCUGUAUUUACUCGAGUGCAACAUGAAGAGGUCCAGCUAGUAGCCUUGUUCAGGUUCAUCCAACCUUCUCGUUUUGAUAGAACUAUGAAUUUGUCCACUUUGUCUACUGCAGUUAUGUCUCCAGGAUCAGAGGGAGCUUGUAUGGUGGGUCCUUCACUAUUAACUUCUGUUAGCGCCGUAACGGUUUCCAGACGACAAGACAUUCUCCGACAUGAGAGAGGGAAUAAAUUUGACAGGCCAGACUCACAGUUGUUGGGUUUCAGUCUUCCUGGUCCACAAAGGACCCGGUGUCUGGUACUGACACCAGAAUAGGAUGGGUCCUUUGAAGGAUGCAGCCUCUGAAUUUGGAGGCAAGUAAAAGUAUAUCACAGUUCCACAUUCAUGUGGGCGCUCUACCCAAUGUUCCCUGCUGAAGAGUCUUCAUAUGAAAACACCUCUAGUGAAAAGCUGUAUGUUGUUCUACUUCGUAGUCCCACUGUUGCAUAUUUCUCUCCGCCACUGCAGCGGCGCAAAGCCUGAGCCAUCUGUUUGAUCCUGACCAGUGUCCCACUAACCUGGCCAUGUUAAAGAGGUGGGAACGGUUUGUGAAGAAGACUAAGACUCGGUAGAGGGACACACUUCACCCCUGAACAGACUCUGACCUGGUCAACGUGAGACGCUGAGAGCUUGGAUCUAAAACAGGGGUCUCAAACUCUGGCUGGGGGCCGCUGAAGGCAGAGUCUGGGUGAGGCAUUAGGUUUUCUACAAGAAAAGCAAUGUUAAAAACAUUUCAGUCUUCUGAAAUCUAUUUUUAUUUAACACAAAAUAAGAACAACAAAUGAAGAAUGAAUAAGAAAAGUAAUAAAGUAAUAAAAUAAUUAGAUUUCUUAGCAACAAUUUGGUUUCUUCAGAAAUCUUUAUCGGCUGCGUUCGGAUUUAAACGUCUGGAUUAACUGUUUUUUAACUUUUUUCUUAACAUGAUUCCUCCUGCUUAGUCUUUGCUGCUAGAGGCCUCCUCACAUAGCUGAGCUACAAGUCUGGAUCGUACUUGAACUUGAUGAAGAGGUCUGCUUGAACAUUUGUGAAAGUUCAGGGAAGCUAGAGGUCAACUCUCUGAGAAACUGCCCUAGCUUGUCUGCUUUUCCGUUCACCUCCCUGACCUUUGCUUUGAGCUCAGCGUUGCACUGCAGCUCAACAAGCUCAAUUUGAAGAGCAGAAGGGGCAUCUUGCACAUCAAAGGAGAAGAGAUAAACAAAAAUUAGGAAGUCUGCAAAUCUGUGAUCAAAUUCCUCCUGUAGCCUCAAAAUGACACCAACAUACUUCUCGGCACUGAAUGGCGUGCCCGCAACCACGAGCGGCUUGCAUGCUGGGAAAUGGCAAAGGCUUGUCUGAGAGAACUGGGCUUUCCAUAACACAAGCUGUGUGGAGAAUGUGCUUAAGCUGUCAUAAGCAGCACUGACAAGUUGCCCCUGGACUUGUUGUUCAGUAAAUUCAGCUCAUGUGCGAUACCAACAAGAAAAGCCAAGUCCAUGAGCCAUUUGGGUUCAUUUAGCACAGGAACAUCCACUCCAUCCGUCUCCAUGAAAGGUAUCAACUCCAAAAUCUCUUCAGUACGUUUCCCCUGCUGAGCCAACGUGAAGUGGAACACAUCCCCAUAUUCUGAAUCUAUUCCCUCUGAAAAAAAGCACGGACGUGUCGGUGUUUUAAGCCCCUGGAUCUGAUUUGGUUGAUGCAUUUCACAACAGCAGACAUCACAUUGUCCAAUUUCAGGCAUUUGCUACAAAGCACCUGCUGGUGGAUGAUGAGGUGCAGAGAAAUGGCCUCCUCCACACCUUCCUCUUCCAGUUUGUUGUGAACGAGUGCCACCAGUCCACUUUUCCUCCCUGUCAUCGAUAAAGCUCCAUCAGUUGUUAUUCCAACAAGUUUCUUCCAUGGCAGACCGUCAUGCUCAAUUACAUCACAGAGUUGCUGAUAUCUCCUGAGCGGUGGUCUGGCCAUGUGUUGGAGUUACUGUGAGCAACUCCUCCAACACUUCAAAGUUGUCAUGAACACCACGAACAUACAUAGUGAGCUGGGCAGUGUCGGUGAUGGCUCUGUCGAGCGACUGUAUGCUGAAGGAUUUGACUUUCUCACACGGUUGGUCAUGAAUGUGACAUGACCGAUCAGAAAUGGGAUCUGACAAUUACAUUCACUCACUGUGGUCCUGUCCACCUGUCCAGGAAUUUUGGGGUAGAGUGUGUGAAGAUCUGUCAAAGUGUCUGAAAUGUCAUAUCCCAACCUCCCCCUCUCUUUGUUUACUGGGAAACCUGGAUGAUGUCCCGAAUGAAACAUCCUUGGCUCACGUGGUUCUGACUGCCAUAUGCAUCGCUAAGAAAGCUAUCCUUUUGAAUUGGAAAAAUAGAGACACUCUUUGCAUCAACCAGUAUAGAAAUCUUUUGUUAGAUCAUAUUACACUUGAUAUAGCCUCUGCUUCCACUUCAAAUAAGUCUCUAUGGGCUCCUUUGAUCGGUUCCAUCACAUAGCGAUGAUGGGGGACCAUUGAUAUUGUCCUGCGGGAUGAUUUGGGUGAGGGGUGGAGGGUCUGAGUUUGUUCUAUCCGGACGUUCCAUGGAGAUGGGUUCACUGGGGGUGUCUGGGACUGGGGGACUGUUGCCCCCUCUGGAGGUGCUUGGGUUGCCUUGGGGGUGGACUACUGGCGGUUGUGAGUGGGGCCCCUUGGAGGUCUUAGCGGUGGCCAUGGGUCACUGCCCGGCAGCUGCAUUACCCCUGGGCUGGUCU